AGCAUUUCUGGGAAAGGCCACGACUUCCUGAAAGGCUGAGGAAAAGGGAAUAACAGCAACACCAGCCGCUCCUUAGUAUUUGCAAAUAACGAGUUGCGUGCGUAGGAAGGGGGUGCUGCCUAGCCUACAUAUUGACUAGUGAGGCUAGAACUCAAGAUCUUCAACUCCAGGAAGAGAAGUCUCUACCAUUUAGGAUUCAAGAGCACAUCUUUUCUGCUCCCAACAGUUGCCAGGGUUUCUCCUGAUUUGAAUACACCUUUUGGGAGUGUUUUCUGUGGGCCAACAUGGGCUGCCGGGAUGUUCAUGCAGCGACAGUACUGGCCUUCCUCAGUGGAACAGCCUCGGUAGCAGGACUUUUUGCUGCAGUUUUACUUCCUAACUGGAGACUGAUGAGGCUGCACACAUUCAACAAAAAUGAAAAGAAUCUGACAGUUUACACUGGACUCUGGAUUAAGUGUGCGCGCUUUGAUGGAAGCAGAGACUGUGUGAUAUAUGACACAGAGUGGUACACAGCAGUCGAUCAGCUGGAUUUACGGGUUCUCCAAUUUGCGCUCCCCUGUAGUAUGCUAACUGCUGUCUCCGCUCUGCUGCUGUGUUUGAUCGGCAUGUGUAACACGGCCUUUGUGUCAAAUGUACCAAACAUCAAACUUGCUAAAUGUCUUGUAAAUAGUCCAGGCUGCCACCUUGUGGCUGGUCUGUUGUUUCUACUUGCAUGUGCCAUUUGUCUCACACCAUCAAUCUGGGUAAUUUUUUAUAACAACUACCUGAACAAAAAAUAUGAGCCAGUUUUUACCUUUGAUAUUUCAGUGUAUAUUACCAUUGCCAGUGCAGGAGGCCUGUUUUUCACUUCAGUUCUGUUAUUUCUGUGGUAUUGUGCAUGCAAAACCUUACCGUCCCCAUUCUGGCAGCCUCUCUAUUCCCAUGCCUCGAGCAUGCAUAGCUAUGCCUCCCAGCCCUAUUCUGCACGAUCUCGGCUCUCUGCCAUUGAAAUUGACAUUCCUGUUGUAACACAUGCUUCUUAAAGAAAACAAAACGUGUUUCGAAAGCCAAAUGUUCAUUCUGGCUCAAACCUUGGAAAUUGAAGGCCUGAUUCUCUGCUGCUUUGCCUCAUGUUUAAUCAUUUACACCUGUGCAAAGUGGAUGUAAUAUAUUCCCAAAUCAGACUGUACAAGGUUGAAGACCAUAGAGAAUUGGGUCCACAAUAUUUUUAAGUCUGUUACUUUUUAAUGUAUUUCAGACCGAUCUCUUCUUUGAAUUUACUCCUAGAAAAUAUUGACUGCUGCUAAUGCUGUAAUGACAUGCCAUUGAUCAAAAAUAAUUUUUACAGAGACCUUCUGGCACAUCCACUCCUCCUCCUGCUUAUUCAGACCAAAGGUGUUUUGAACUUCUUUACUGAUUUGAUGAGGUAUUCCUAGGUCCCGAUCCUGCAAUAAGAAUUAUAUAGGUAGACCCAUUCCACUGUGCAUUGCCCUACUAAAGACAAUGGGGCUUUUUGUGGGGUUCCCAUUGCAGGAUGGCACACUCUGAAGAAUGUGAUCUGCCAGUUGGAGCAGGAGGAUGAGUAGGAAAUGGGCUACAAAGCCUUGCAUGUAUUUUGGGAUGUGAUCUCUGAAAACAGUAUUUGACAAACUAAUUGAGUCUUGUUACCAUGUUCUUGUUUUCCACUGUGCAUAAACAAAACCCAUCUGCUUAUGAACUUCAAAUGCAGCAUUAGUGUCAAAUUACCCUUUAAUCUCAAAGUAAAAAUCAGAGAUUUAAAAAAAAAAAAACA